AAGCGCUCGCAAUCACUCUUUUACUUUCUUUAUAACUUACUCUCAAAUCUGAAUCAUCAUUAUUAUUAUUUGGAACUCCUAGUCCGCACCCUGAUUAAUUCGACUCGGUAUCUCCUCCGGCAAUGGCGGAUCCAUUCGAGAUCUCCUUCGCCGGAAUCUUCCUCAGCAGCGCCUUCGCCGCUUGUUUUGCCGAGUUGUGUACUAUUCCCUUGGACACAGCUAAAGUUAGGCUACAAUUAGAAAAGAGAGCUGCCAUUAGUGGGGAGGCUGGGGGUGGUGGCUCAAAGUACAAGGGAUUGUUAGGUACAGUUGUGACUAUUGCCAAGGAAGAAGGUCUUUUAGCGCUUUGGAAAGGAAUUAUACCGGGAUUACACCGUCAGUGUCUCUAUGGCGGUCUAAGAAUCGGCUUAUACGAGCCUGUUAAGGCAUUCUUAGUUGGGAGUAAUGCUAUAGAAGAUGUUUCUCUGUUUAAUAAAGUACUUGCUGCUUUGGUAACUGGUGCUAUAGCAAUUGCUGUUGCUAAUCCAACUGAUCUUGUGAAAGUUCGGCUUCAGGCUGAAGGAAAGAUGCCUGUUGGAGUGCCUAGGCGCUACUCUGGAGCUUUGGAUGCUUAUUAUACCAUUGCCAAACAGGAAGGACUGGCAGCUUUAUGGACAGGGCUUGGGCCAAAUAUUGCUAGAAAUGCAAUCAUCAAUGCAGCUGAGCUAGCUAGCUAUGAUCAUGUGAAAGAGACCAUUUUGAAAUUUCCAGGAUUUUCAGACAAUGUUUUAACCCAUCUUCUAGCCGGUUUAGGGGCAGGUUUUUUUGCUGUCUGCAUUGGGUCUCCUGUUGACGUUGUAAAAUCUAGAAUGAUGGGAGAUUCAAUCUACAAAAGCACCUUGGAUUGUUUUUUCAAAACUUUGAAAAAUGAGGGGCCUUUUGCUUUUUAUAAGGGCUUCUUACCCAACUUUGGGCGACUAGGUCUAUGGAAUGCCAUCAUGUUCUUAACUCUUGAGCAGGUCAAGAAACUAUUUUUGUGAGUAAUUUAAACCAAAUCACCUCCUUGAGUUUUGAGGAGCUGUCAUCUCUCUGCGGGGUGAGAGUGAGAGAGAGGGUCCUCUCCUGCAUCUGACUGUUCAUCAUUCAAUUGAUAAGGAGCAUUUCUUUCUGCGGGGGGUCUCUGCUUAUUCAAAGAUCAUGAAGGAGCACAAAUGCGGAUGUCAAUAAAAGUGAAUUCCUUCUUGUCCGUAUUAGCUGUGACAACAUUGCAUAGUAGUAUAUACUCGUUGGAAAAGCUUUCGACACAGCAAAGAGAAUUACCGCUUUCAACAAUAUUUCUAGAAUUGAAGAAUGCGAGAUAUUUGAGACAUAUCGUGAUGCAAUUCUUUUGUUUCAACUUAACCCUGUAUACCAAUAUACUGUACUUAAUAGUGGAGGAUUUGUAUAUUCAGAUUA